AGCAACAUAACCUCAAUAUUAAUGACAGCGUAUCAAAAAAAUUAACAGACGUAUAUCGCCGCUGUCUCUUUUUAAUUCAUUAAUAAACCAGAGUGCAUCGAGUGGAACGUACGUUAACAUUCCAUUGCAGUGCGAGUGGACUUGCCUGUUUGGCCGACAAUUUUCAUUAAUAACGAGAAGACAUGGAUGGAAAUUCGCAAGAAGUGACGGAGCCACCACCAAAGGCCGAGACCGUGGAGACGCCAGCAGAACAGGACGAUGGGCUGAAGGUUGCAGACAAUAUGGGUGCUCUCGAGGAGGAACCAGUGCAAGAAUGUGUGGAAGUGGUGGAGGCUGAGACUAUUAAGAAGUCAUCAACAAACCAAUCAGAAUAUGAUAGUGCAGAUAGUGAUGUUGAACAUGAAGAAGACACAUUGUUGACACAUUCAGAUCAUAGUGGAAGUGAUGCUGGCAGUAUUAUAUUGGAAAGAGAAGAGGGUGAUGGACAGGAGAGUGCCCCAACCAAGAAGGUUGAUGAUGAUGAGGACAAGAAGAACCCACAAUAUAUCCCUAAGAGAGGAACUUUCUAUGAGCAUGAUGACAGAACAGCAGAUGAUGAUAUUGAAGCUGAAGCUGUUGAGAGUGAAGAGAAAGUAGACAAGGAUGGGAAAAAGAAGAUGUGGACUGAGAAGAAGGAGAAGUGGAACCAUGAUAAAUUUAAUGACAAUGAGCAGAUGCCUAAGAGCAGGUCUGAAUUAAUUUCCAUCUAUGGUUAUGAUAUCAGGAAUGAAGAGGGACCUCCAAGAGCUAGAAGGAGGAGGCGUUAUGGACGAGGUCCUAACAAGUAUACUCGCAACUGGGAAGACGAAGAUGCGUACAGCAAGCCGGCUACACCGGUCAACACGAAGAAACCCGCUAGAAAAUCUAAAACGAGUCCUCAAUUAAACCAAAAGGACGAGGAGAACGCAAACGCUGAAGAGAAUACCACGAAUAGCGGACGUCAAUCUUCUGAGAGUCAAAAUGAGAGGACCUCGAUAAGUGAGCAGAACACUUCAGCACCGCAACAGCCGAUGGUGCAGAAAACUAGAGAAUUUACUCCUAAGAAUAACUCGAGUCAUCAACAUCCGCCACAUCACCAUCAUCCAUCACAGAACGAUAGACAAAAUAAUAAAAAUCACAAUAGAAUAGGUACUGGAAGAGUUAUCAAACCGAAUAGAGAUAUCAAGGAUUCCGAUUAUAAGGGUUUCACUAAGUCCCGUCAAUUUACGCCGAGAACUCAGAAGGAUAUGGGACGGGACAAGGAAGCCCCGCAUAGCCAGAACUAUGGCAACAAACGUUCGACUCAUGAGAUCGAAAAGGAAAUGGGAAAACUGAGUGUGCAAGAGCAGGUGUACGCCAAGGGUGGCAAUAAGCAACACGGUGGUAACAGGCAAGGCAGCAUUCCGCCACGUAUGCAAGGAGAACCGAAGGGCGGAUCGAAGAGGUACAGCUCCAUUCGACAAAGAUCGUUGCCAGAGUCGGCGAAUCCGCCAACAUUCAAUCAGCAACAUGGAUAUUAUGGGAACGCCGAGUACGGUCAAAACCAGCAGCAACCGGGUGGUCAGCAGUCGCAACAGCAGCCACUGCUGCAACAUCCGCCCGCCCCGUUGCAUCCGAACCCCGCCCAGAUGCCCGCAAUUCCUCCGCCGCCCCUACCGACACUUCCACCGCAAGUCCCCGUCACGACCACGCCUCUGCCUCCUCAAUUCGGCGCUCCUUUUGCUCAAGCUCCGCCCCCGUUCUUGCAAGCCGCCCCGCCUCCAUUCAUCCCGCAACAAACCCCACAGAUCAUUAACUACGUUCAGGGUCAACCCCAAUUCGCGCCACACCAGGCACCAUAUCAAGGAUAUCAGCAACCCUUCAAUCCAGUGAGUCAACCAACUGAGAUAUUCCAACCUCCAGGUGGAAUCACUUAUUAUUCCGCGCAGGAUCAGCAAGUGACGCAAAGGGCUGCUCCUCAGAAGCGUCCAAAGGCGGCCAUCCCCAUUGUCCCCCCGCCUCCUCUGGAACCUCGAGGCAGAGGGCGUGCGACUCAGGAGGCGGUGACGCCGAAUGCGUCUGACGUUGAAUCAAAGGUGGAAGUGGUGCCCGCGGGCAACAGCAAUUACGAGGAUGCCGGUGCGGCCGCCGCAGUGGCCGUGGAACAAUGAUACACGCAGUUCGUUGUUUACUACUCCUUCUAAUAAAUACACUGCUCUAUCGCCGUACGGAAUGGUAUAUACAUAAAAAUAUAUAUCAGAAAGAAGAAUGAGAAUCAUAGGAAUGAAUUUUGAUAGCAACACGAAAAAAAAAAGAAGAAUAAUAACCAGAAAGUAAAAUAUAGUUAAUCCAGAAUACACGCAGGCAGAUUGUAUUAAAUACUAAACAAAUUUAUUUAUUAUGAAACUAUGUUAUAAUUUUUUUUUAAAGUUUUGUA